ACUCCCGGACGGUCGGACCCGGGUGCGGGCGUUUCUCCCGGACGAUGGCCGAGCACCCCGAUCGCCGCCACUGCUGCCUGGGCUGGGACUUCAGCACACAGCAGGUGAAGGUUGUUGCGGUUGAUACGAAGCUGGACAUCAUCUAUGAAGACAGCGUGCAUUUUGACAGAGACCUUCCAGAAUUCGGGACUCAAGGUGGUGUGCAUCUGCACAAAGACAGGCUGACUGUCACCUCUCCUGUGCUGAUGUGGGUAAAGGCGCUGGACAUGGUCUUGGAGAAGAUGAAGGCCUCGGGGUUUGACUUCUCUCAAGUUCUCGCUUUGUCUGGAGCUGGGCAGCAACAUGGCAGCGUGUACUGGAAGGCGGGGGCCAGCCUGGCACUGAGGGAUUUGUCACCAGACCGUUCCUUAUACCAACAGCUACAGAUCUGUUUCUCCAUCCCUGACUGCCCGGUAUGGAUGGACUCCAGCAGCACUGCCCAAUGCCACCAACUGGAGGCUGCUGUGGGAGGGGCCCAGGUGCUCAGCCAACUCACCGGCUCCCGGGCCUAUGAGCGUUUUACAGGGAACCAAAUUGCGAAGGUUUACCAGGAAAACCCUGAGGCCUACUCCCAAACAGAGAGGAUUUCUCUGGUCAGCAGCUUUGCUGCUUCCCUGUUCCUGGGCUCCUACUCCCCCAUUGACUACAGUGAUGGUUCUGGAAUGAAUUUGUUGCAGAUCCAGGACAAAGUCUGGUCCCAGGCCUGCCUUCUCGCCUGCGCCCCAAAUUUAGAGGAAAAGCUGGGUCCACCUGCCCUGCCCUGCUCAGUCCUGGGAAACAUUUCUUCCUACUAUGUCCAACGCUAUGGAUUUUCCCCGGAAUGCCCAGUGGUGGCCUUCACUGGGGACAACCCCGCUUCACUGGCGGGCAUGAGGCUGGAGGAAGGCGACAUCGCGGUCAGCCUGGGGACCAGCGACACACUCUUCCUGUGGCUCCAGGAACCCACACCUGCCCUGGAAGGCCACAUUUUCUGUAAUCCAGUUGACCCUCGGCAUUACAUGGCGCUUUUGUGUUUUAAAAAUGGCUCCCUGAUGAGAGAGAAAAUUCGAGAUGAGUCAGCUUCCGGCUCCUGGAGUGAGUUCUCCAAGGCCCUGCAGUCCACAGAGAUGGGAAAUGGAGGAAACCUGGGUUUUUAUUUUGACGUAAUGGAAAUCACCCCUGAAAUGUCUGGGCGUCACAGAUUUAAUGCAGAAAACCAAGAGGUGGCAGCGUUCCCUGGGGAUGUGGAAAUCCGGGCCCUCAUCGAAGGACAGUUCAUGGCCAAGCGGAUUCAUGCGGAGAGUCUGGGCUACCGAGUCAUGCCUAAGACAAAGAUUUUGGCCACAGGAGGGGCAUCGCACAACACAGACAUUUUACAGGUGCUGGCCGAUGUGUUUGGUGCCUCAGUUUACAUCACAGACACUGCCAACUCGGCCUGCGUGGGCUCGGCCUACCGGGCUUUUCACGGCCUUGCAGGUGGUGUACACAUGCCUUUUUCAGAAGUUGUGAAGUCAGCUCCAAAGGCCAGGCUGGCUGCCACCCCAGACCCAGGAGCCGCACAGGUAUAUCAGGCCCUCCUUCCUCGGUAUGCCAAACUUGAACAGAGAAUCUUGACCCAGAAGCAGAGUCUCUGAGAUAAAUUCUGCAGGGUCCAGCCACCUCACCCUCCCAUCCAAUUGUCCUGAGCCCGUUGCUACGUGGACUCAGUCUCGGGAGGAAUCCUUUCCUUUGCUGUGUUUUCCCUGCCAUGCAAGGUUAACCAGACAAAGGUCUGGGUCUUGAUCAAGAUUGGGACUUUGCCCCGGUGGCUCACGCCUGUCAGCAAAUCAGGAGGUUGAGAUCUGGAGGAGCACAGUUCUAAGCCAAUCAGGACAGGAACGGCUGCAAAGAACUCUUUUUCUCUCUGCAAUGGACCACCAAAGAGCUGAAAGUGGGGGUUGUGGUUCAAGUAGCAGGGCGCCACUCUUGCCGGAGAGGAAGACAGCCUGAACGGGUUCUUGGAAGCUUGGUGGGGGAAAGGGGAAAGGAAAAGCAAGGAGUAAAUGACAUUAAUAAUCAGAAUGCAACAGCUAAAUCCAGGAGUCAGGAGAAAGUUGGGCACCAGUGGCUCAUACCUGGCAUCCUAGCUACUCAGGAGGCUGAGAUCUGAGGAUCAUGGUUCAAAACC